AAAAAAAAACACUACUAUUGAUAGGUAUACAAUCCAAGACAAGACAAGUUUUAUUUCUGUUUUUAUAUUCGAUUUUACUAUCAGCAUACAUGUAGCCAGGGCGAACAUAUUCUUAUGCUUAUUAAUUUAUUAGAAAAUAAUAUAAAAAUGAGUUAAAUUAAGUGAACAUGUUUUAAUUCAUAUCGGAUGUUGAGUGUUGACAAUAGCAAGAGUUACGAAUUUACCUUGUACGUUUUAUGUUAGUUGGAACGAUAUAAAUUGGUAUUUUUGUUAAUACAAUGACCGAGAAGGGCUACGAUGGCGACCAGCUGUCGCCAUCCUGGGACAUCGCUGGUCCUUCGUCCCUGGCAGCCAUCCUGGAUACUAUGUUUACAUCUACAACUUCUGACAAUCACCAGAGAAAUGAACAAAUGGAGUGUGAUGCUCUAUUUGCAGAAAGUGAUGAUGAAGUAGAGGUGCUCCCAACAACAUCUGAACAAAGUGAAAACUCGGCCGGAUCAGAAAUAACUUCAGCUGAAACACCUAAACCGGUUUCAUCUAAUUAUGUGAACUCCACCACUCCCAAUCAACCAUAUGAAGUUAAUCUAUCUUCGCUAUCACAUCCUGCAGACUCGCACACUCCUGUCCCUGAAGAGUACCAACCCUUACCCGACAGCUCUAGCUCACUUGACUACUCCUUUGGUAAUAAUGCAGACAGUACUGACAGUAAUGGCCAAAGAAGACUCCCCGACGUAAAUAUUCGCUACCAGCCAAAACCUCAUUCACUUAACCAGCAAAGUUAUUAUUUUCCAAACUAUGCACAUUAUCCGGGCAUUCAACAACGGGAGUAUGGGGUGCCAUACCAUAACAACGUCAUAGUACUCAGUGAUGGUAGAAACUUCUUACCACCUCCUUUGCCAUUUGCGAAUGGUAUGCCCAUGCCUGAAAACCUUUCAGAAUAUGAUUUUUUAAACCGAAUUUCAAAUGCCUAUAAUCAAAGAUCUGCGCAAGGGGAUAGUGGAAAUCCAUCGAGUGGCUUAGAACGUCCUAGUCGCAAGCUCAACAUCUCUCCUCGUAGACGCCACUCGAAAGAGAAUGAAGUACCAAAUCUAAUAGAAGUAAGUUCAGAAGAAGAAGACAAUGUGUCUACACCAAGAAAGCGACAACGUGAUAAUUCGGCCUUCAACCAGUAUGCGAGUACACAUGGGAGUAGUGCAGGGAAUGGAAGUAGCAGUCAGACUGCAGAUAAACCUAGAGUGGAGGUUAAGGGUGAACCUUGUAACCCAAUUAGACAGGCGAGUGUAACUAUACGAAACGCAACAAAUCUUUUACUGCAGACUAUAGAACGACAGCAAAAUAGUCAGAACAACAACAUGCAACCACAAAAUAUGUCUACAGUGAAGACGCAAAUUAAACAAGAAAAUACAGGGUGUGGAUCUCGUAAUGAUUGUGCGUGUACAGUGAAUUUACAAAGUAACUCACAGCCAAGUCAAAAUCACAGUGACAAUUGUCACAGUCCAAAUCACAAUAGGCAAAAUGGAUCUCAAUCAAGCAGGACGAAUAAACCGAGUUCUAGUGGCGAAACGUCGGCGUCGGGACUGUUUGUGAAAGUGAAGGAAGAACCUGGUACGCAGCAGCCAGUUGUCAAACAGGAGCCAAUGAAAGAGGAGAAUAUGCCGUCAGUGAGUGUUAUUAAAACAGAAGCAACAGAGCCAGUCCAAGUAAAAACGGAACCAGGCACAUCGAGUAAUGUUCCUGCCACUGAAAACGUGGAGGUGAAAACGGAACCUGACAAUGCUAGGCAUUGUUGCAAAGCGGACGGUAGUAGCGACCGCCGGCCACAGGAAUCAUCACCCCAGCCUGGACCCAGUUCAGGAAGGCAGACUGAUAACAGACCUACAAAUAAUCAGGAGUCACAAGAGACCGAAUCGUCGGCGAAUGGCAACGUGUUGUCGGCUCCGGAUCUACAACUGGAUUGGGUCUCAGAUUCUAGCUCCGACGACGGUGUUAUGUUAGUAGGAGAUGACUCAAAUGCUCAACAAGAGGUAAUAGACUUAACGGGUUCGCCUGGGCGAGCUAACUACACGCAGGGCGAGCAAAACUUCGAGCGGGCGCCAGGCGAACCGGCGUCAGGCGUCUGGACAGCCACCGCGCGACCACUACUGGGGGUGUCGCGUCGCAGUAACUACCCGCUACAUCUCAACGAACUUCCUCCACAUGCACACCUUGUGCGGACUAGAGUGCGAGUGGGUGCGUGCGGAGGCUGCCGGCGGUGUUGCUGCGGACACGCGGGCUGCGCCUGCUGCGGCGCCCCACCACACCCGCCGCACCACGCGCACCAGCCGCCCCGCGCACACCCCACGCAGCACCACCACCACGCCCCGCCCGCACACAUGGGGGAGCGUCGUCGAGAUGGCCUGUCUGUAGUUCCGCCUUACCCCGUCCAUGAGCGACUCUGGCAGCGACAACAUCACAUGAUGGAGUUGCAACGACGCAGCAUGAUGGGCGAUGGAUUUGGCCCCGGCUUCGCUCAGUUCCCGCCCGUGCCGCUCCCGCCAACCACAGUGCUCGCUUUCCCGGACGAAUUGGAACGUGAUAUACCGAUACCGCCUCCGCCGCCACCUCCAAUGAUGCUUGACAGGCAACAUAUCCACCACCAUAUGCAUCAUUAUAUGCAGAUGCACCCUUCGCCGCCCCAUCUCCACAUAUCCAUCCAGCCUUCUUUCAUGGGGACGGCGACUAUGGCGGCGAUGGUGUACGCGGCGGAGGCGGAGGAGGCGGAGAGUCGAGCGUGGCGCGGCCGAGGGGCCUCGAGCGCAGUCAUCGAGAGCAAUACCUACCGUCACGCAUACAGGCCGGCGCCCAGCCACCAGGACGAGAAAUGUACGAUCUGCCUCUCCAUAUUCGAGGUGGACUCGGAUUGCAGGCGUUUACCAUGCAUGCACCUUUUCCAUAUGGAAUGUGUGGACCAAUGGUUGAGUACCAAUAAACAUUGCCCCAUCUGCCGGGUGGAUAUUGAGACUCACCUCAAUAAAGACGCCACUUUUUAAACUACAAGCUGGGGGGCACUGAGGAUAGCCUGUUGCUGCAGUUCCAGACUUUCCUGCUGCAGUUCAUGCGUCAGCUGUUUCUGCAUGUUGCAAGACCUGUAACAUAUACACUACUGCCACUAUUAUGUAUAUACACUGAAUAUCAAUUAAGGAUAAGAGUAUUUUUUGUUUUAUAAAGAUUUGUUACUUUAUCAUUAUUACAAAGUUAGAAGUCAAAAGAGGUGACUAUUGUUGUUUUACAUAUUAAUGUGCAUAUUAUGAAGUAUCAAAUAUAUUAAAUUAAAAUAAUAAUUAAUGCAAUCUGUUAUUUUAAAGCACUAAAAAUGAAAAAUUUGUAAAAUAUCUCAUAAAAACAUAACUUGCUUUAAUAAACUCAUUUUUUUUUCUAUUUACUUUCUUUUUUUUACCUGCAUGCAUGGUCUAUUCUUUCACAAAUGGCAUCUGAAGCGACAAUAUUUCCUGAUAAGUAUGAUAUCUCUGCAGCUACUGUUGCUAAUUUUUCUGCAUAAUCCAUAUAACCUGCAAGUUGUAAGAUUGAAAUAAUAAGCAUUACUGUGUAAUAAAAAAAUAUUCUAACUUGGAAUAUCUAAAUGUAAUUAUUAGACUCAGAGAUGAAAUGUUUGUAAUUGAAAUACUUACUAAACAAAGUGUGGAGGUUAUGCCUCAAAUCAACAAGUGACCCUCUGACAGCCACUAGUUGGUCCCAAUGAUGAGGUGGAGUGCCAUCUUCACCCCACUCUAGAGCUUGUUUCACCAAACAGAUCUCCCGAACCAGUGCCUCGCGCAACCUGUGACAUUUAUAAUUUAUUUUCCUGUAUGGUGUAAUC